AUGUCCUAUUCAGUCCGAAUUCUAUCUACCAAAUCACUGGAUUCAUCUCCUUCAGUCCUUCUUGUUUCUUCAGAUGGCACCAAGACGCUGGUGAAUUGUGGUGAAGGAUGUCAACGAACAUUUCUCGAAUUUGGCCAAAAGGUUUCCAGCAUGAAUCGAAUCUGUCUUACCCACUUGUCGCAUGAUUCCAUCGGUGGGAUUCCGGGAAUGAUACUAACUGCCGCUGAUGUGCUUCAGGAUGCUGUAAGUAGUGCCAAGGCUGCACUUGUUCAUAAUAAUAAGAAACCACAGAAACCAGAAGAAUCUGCUCUGCCUGGUCUGCAUCUUCUCGGACCGGUUGGGACCCAGAAAUUUGUGAGCUCCCUUCGUCAUUUUAUGCGACGAGACUCUUUCCAAGUAAAGGUUCACGAGGGUGCUUAUUCUCAGCCGAAAAAUGGUGGGCCAAAAAAGAGAAAGAAAGGUAGCAAGAACGAAGGUGCCUAUGAUGUACAAUCCAUAGUUUGCCAUACAAAUGAUUUUCAUCGCUCGGAAGAUUCCACGAAACGGCAACGACUGGAAACCAAUGAUCAAGCCUUAUCCUAUAUAUUUACAACUCCGCCCAUUCAAGGAAAGUUCCUAGUGGAGCGUGCAAUAGCGCUCGGUAUUCCAAAAGGUCCGCUGUUUGGUCAAUUGAAAAAUGGUAAAUCGGUAACCUUUACAAAUGAGGCCGGCACCACAAGAACGAUUUCAAGUUCCGAGGUGGUAGAACCAGGAUCACCAGGCAUAUCAAUAGCUGUCCUAUACUAUCCUUCGAAUGAAUGCCUGGAUCAGCUAAAAUCAUCUGAAAAGCUGAAAGAAUACCAGGAGAAUGAGAAGGGCCAUCCAGUAUUGGAGGUGAUUGUUCACAUGGCAACUCGCGACUUGUUUCUUGGAAAGGAAGCGAAGGAAUGGCGUGAAUCCUUUGGCAGUGAAGUCAAGCACAUCUUUCUUGCGACAGAUUUGCGAUCUAGUACAGAAACGUCCUCUCCCUUUCAUUCCGGCAUGAUGGGAGCGAUUGCUCGUUCCAAAGUGUGCAGUUCCGUCUACAAUGUACCCAAUAUACCAAUCCAGCUCAGAGAGACGACACCUGCUGCACAACCAGAGGGCGAAACCGUACCAGGCUACAUGGAAGCCCAACCGUUGCUAGAAUACAUAAUCGUCCCGCGAUCCAAGCGUGGAUUUGGCAGUCGAAACGCGUCGGUCCUGCACUGGCGCUCGAUCCAAAAACAAGUCUUGCAAAUAUUGGAACAAUCCGGUGCCAAAGGCGAGGCUGAAAAUGCCUUGAGCCAUCACUCCUCCGUGUUGACGUCCAACGCGAACAAUGACAAAAAUAGGGGAGAACUCAUCUUUACGGGGACUGGAUCCGCCAUUCCGUGCAAAUAUCGAAAUGUUUCAGGAAUCUACUUGAAAAUGGAAAAUGGCAAUGCCAUGCUAUUGGAUGUGGGAGAAGGCACGGUGGGCCAAUUGAUGCGAGCUCUAUCAUCAAGCUUUUCCGAGGUUCUUUGUGCCAUCAAGGCAGUCUGGAUUUCUCAUCCACACGCGGACCACCACCUUGGACUCUUGCGGUUGCUCUCGGACCGAAACCAAGUCACGGAUGACCCCUUGUUAUUGAUUGCACCAACGUCCAUGCUGUCCUUUUUGCUGGAAUACCAAGAGGUGGAUGCGACAGUUCAAGGAUCGUACACCUUUGUCGAUUGUAAAGAAGUUUCCACCAAAGUGCAGCGGCAUUUGUGGCUCCCGGAGAAACAUGAAUCUCACGCCAAAAAGAUGGAACAACUCCACAAGGAUUUGGGCAUUACGAGGUGUACUUCAGUGCCAGUAGCCCACUGCCGAGACGCCUUUGCAGUCAUACUGGAAAACACUUGUUUCGGACGAUUGGUCUACUCGGGAGACUGUCGACCCUCUCGACCAUUGGCCUACGCUGCAUUGGGUGCCGACUUGCUGAUUCAUGAAGCUACCUUUGCCAAUGGAAUGGAAGCCGAAGCCACAUUGAAACGACAUUCCACAAUCGGCGAAGCCCUGCAAGUGGCCGAAGACAUGAAGGCCAAAGCUGUCAUUUUGACACAUUUCUCACAGCGCUAUCCAAAGGUCCCGCCAGUGGCUAGCAAGCACAAUGCUCCAAUCGUCUUCGCCUUUGAUUUUGUGCGGGUUACUCCCGAUAACCUUUUGGUUGCCGCGGACUUGACACAGUCAAUGCGUCUAUUGUACUCGGAGGAAACGGCUGAAAAGGAUGAGAUUAUGAAAGACGCCGACGUGGAAGCCAUGAAUGUCCCUGGUUUGUUUGCCCAGAAAGAUGUGUUGUGA